GACCGACCUUCAGCCAGGGCGCUUACUCUAUCUUAUGGUACCUUGACUUUGCGCCGCUGUCUCACCUCGAUAUCUCAUCAUGCCUCUCAUCAACGGACAAAAGAUGGCCUGCGAGCCAUGCAUCCGCGGCCAUCGUUCGACAAAGUGUACUCACGCCAAUGAGCGGCUCAUGGUACCGGUGCGGAAACCCGGUCGUCCAUUGUCAUCUUGCCCGCAUCCAAGCUCCAAACCAUGUGCGUGCAGCGGUCAGGUCACAGCUGCGAUACCGAGAAAGCAGAAAUGCAGCUGUGGGGAAGGGAGCACCACGACGCCGACGACGACAGCAACAACCGCGCCGGCGACAGAGGCCAGGCUCGAGGAGGAGAGCACAUCGCCCACCAGCAGCGGCAACGGUGGAGGCUAUCGAGUAUCUAAAUCGAGACGGGCGAGUGCCGCCGUGAGGAACUUCAACCCAAGCGGUAUGGAAAAGAUGGACGCGGCGGGCCAGCUCAACCUUGUGUCUGCGGGAGGUUCACAACAGAUGACACCAAUGACCAGUGCGCCAGGGACACCUUUGGGUGCGUUGCCCAUGCAGCAAUACUUCGACAUGUCAGGACUGGAGACGAAUGGCUAUUCGGCAGCCUACACCGUGCAUCCUCAACGGAUGAUGCCUGUACCUGCAAAUGGCACACCGCCCACAACAAACGGCUCGGCCAUGUCCAAGGCCCCAGCAGCAAAGGGGAGUUGCUGCGGAGGGUCGAAGGAGGAGCCAGUGGAGAGCGAGAGUCCCGCGCCGACGCCGUCCACGACAUCGAGUUCAUCGCCCCGGAUCAAGAGCAACGGAGACAAAGCAGGGUCUACCAAAGGCUGUUGUUCCUCUAAAGCGACGCCUGCGGCACAAACGCCCGCUGCAAUACCAAUGGCACAAACGCCCAUGGGCCAUCCGGGCAUCAUCAUGCCUACUUUCCCGCAGGCAAUAGGCAUGCCAAACGGCAUGUAUCCCUUCUUUGCGCACCCCGGGAUAUUCACCUAUCCACCUCAGUAUGGCACGUUCGGGCAUCCACUACAGCCUGACCAGUGGCGGCAGAUGAUGGCGCAUGGCUUCGUCGGGCAGCCCAUGGCAGUGAAUGGUUUCACCAUGCCGGCACAGCCCGGCACCGCGCCAGUCCCAUACCCUCAAAACACAAAUGUCGCCCAGACACACCAGCAAGACGCGACACCCAGCGUCCCGGGAACAUCCCAUCACUGCUCAUGUGGUUCGGACUGCAGCUGUAUCGGAUGCGCAGCUCAUCCGUACAACGAAGCCACUCAGGAAUACGUCCGCUCCGCUUGGUCCACCAUGCUCAACGAGCAGCAACAGCAGCCGCAGCAACAACAACAAGUGCAGUCCAACGGCCACACACCCCAGAACGAAGCAAACCAGAACGACAAUAACGGCACCGGGCCACAUACACCCUCCGACGCCGCCUCAGCUCUGAGCGCCGAGGAGCAAACGCUCUCCGCGGAUGACUUUUUCUUCGUGAGCUACCCGUUCGGUGAUCCGUGUGCAGGUGAUGGCACGAGCUGUGCCUGUGUCGAGGACUGCCAGUGCAUGCCGCCCUUGCCCUGGUCACCCAUAGAACUGCCGAGUGCGUCUCCAGAGCCCCCGCCAGCAGCAUCCUGAAAGUACUAAGGGGAAGGGCGUGACGCUACUGUCGCCCUCAGAGUAUUGUUGAAGAGGGCAUCGUGAAUAUAGCUGCAACCUCCGCCUCCAUAUAGUAAUCAAGCUGAGCACAUAUGACUUCCGGGUCUUGGUAUAUGCCAAACAAUUCAACUCAAAGAAUUACAUGCGUGUCAAUUGUAGUUGGACUACUUGCGCAGAGAGAGACAGAGGGUGGCGCUGCUGCCUUAAAGUGCUUUGUCGCGUGCCGGUGGGGCCCACGGCUCAAAGUUCCGCUACCUCGUCGUCCGGCUUGCGGCACCUACUAGGCGCGUAGCUGUACCUCCUAGUCACGUGUCUGCGCGUCCGCUCGCCUGGUCCCGACCCGCGUCGAUCAACACGGGUGGCAUGCGCGAC